GCGUGCCUCGUGUUCUCUGCCUGACAUUUCUCCUCUCACUUUUUUUUCGAGAUCAUCGUCUCCUCUCCUCAGAGGCAGCUUGGCCUGGCCACUACAUCAUUCUCCUUGUUUCCGGCUUGGGUGCGCGUACUGUUGUGUCUAUAGAACAUUCCUGUUAAACCUAUCUACCUACCUCUCUAUACCUCUUGGACACGCUCUUCAAAGUGGAUGCUGUAUAGACCUGCUACUCACGAAGCGCGUCUCGAAUCGCAUACCUCUCUACCUCUGAACGGUCGAGCGAGCGAGCGAACAAAAGAACGACUGAGCUCAGUACUAUACCGUCGUGUCGUACGAGUAUAACAGGCAAAGCCCUAGCUCUUCCUCACAAUGUCUGCCAAAAGCGUAAAAGGCGAGCAUGGCAAGAAGCCCGCCUCUGCGGCCGUUAACCUGAUCGCCGGAGGCGGUGCCGGUAUGAUGGAGGCCCUCGUGUGCCAUCCACUCGACACAAUAAAGGUGCGAAUGCAACUGUCAAGAAGAGGGCGGACACCAGGACAGAAGAAGCGUGGCUUUGUCGCGACGGGAAGAGACAUCGUCAAGCGGGAAACCGUGUUUGGGCUAUACAAGGGCCUCGGAGCCGUCUUGACGGGUAUCGUACCUAAAAUGGCUAUCCGGUUCACGUCGUACGAGUGGUACAAGCAAUUAUUAGCGGACAAGGAUGGGGUUGUUACGUCGAGGGCGACUUUUCUAGCUGGACUGAGUGCCGGUGUAACGGAAGCCGUUGCUGUCGUGACACCGAUGGAGGUCGUCAAGAUUCGCAUGCAGGCGCAAUACCACAGCUUAAGCGAUCCCCUCGACGUUCCGAAGUAUCGAAGCGCGCCGCACGCGCUGUUGACCGUUGUCCGCGAGGAAGGACUCGGAGCCUUGUACCGUGGUGUAUCGUUGACAGCGCUGCGACAGGGAACGAACCAGGCCGUCAACUUCACAGCUUACACAGAGUUCAAGGAGAUCCUGCAACGGUGGCAGCCCGAGUACCAGGGGCAGAACCUGCCGAGUUACCAGACCACCUUGAUCGGGUUGAUCAGUGGUGCUAUGGGACCUUUCUCGAACGCGCCCAUCGACACCAUCAAGACGAGGUUACAAAAGACGCCCGCCGAGCCUGGGCAGACGGCCGUGUCGAGAAUCGUGGCCAUCUCAAAAGACAUGUUCAAGCAAGAAGGCUUCAGAGCGUUCUACAAGGGUAUCACUCCCAGAGUAAUGAGGGUCGCGCCCGGUCAGGCCGUGACGUUUACCGUGUAUGAGUUUUUGAAGAGCCAUAUCGAGACCAGCAAUUGGUUGAACCUUGGGACUGGAAAUUACGAAGAGUAGGAGUGUAAUUUUGGUUGAUACCGAUGCGAGAGGGAAAUUGGAUGAGAAGAGUAAGGAGAGCACAAGUGUCUACCUACCUAGGUACCUAUAUCUCAGGUACCUUAAGGCCCGGUAAUUGUUUGCAUUUUCUGGAGCGACGAUAUCCAAAGCCAGAACCAGUUCUUUGCUUAUAUUGAGGGGGAUAUACCACCGCGAUGUUGUCAUUUCCAGAGCACAUUUGUACAUAGAUUGCUCCAGUAAGGGACAAUGUGAAGAACAAGAGUAUCAUGUACA